ACAAGGAAGGAGGGGAGCAGCUGGAAAAUGUGAAGCGCAGUGGUUCCCAGUCUCGCUGGGAGGGGGGAGGGAAAAGGUGUACGCUGUUGUUUUAUUUUGAGGGAGAUGCUGCCUGCGGAAGACUCGGCCUCCUGGAGCAUCUCGUUCGCCGGCUGCGGCUUCCUGGGCAUUUACCACAUCGGGGUGGCCAGCUGCCUGUGUGAACACGCUCCCCAGCUGGUCCACAACGCCAGCAACAUCUACGGCGCGUCGGCCGGAGCGCUGACCGCCUGUGCGCUGGUCAGCGGAGCCUGUCUCGGAGAAUGUGGUGCAAAUAUCAUUGAUGUUUCCAAAGAAGCUCGGAAGAGGUUUCUGGGUCCACUCCACCCUUCCUUUAACUUGAUAAAGAUCAUCCGUAGCCGGCUUUACAAAGGACUUCCAGACAACGCACACGAGCUAGCAACAGGUCGACUGGGCAUUUCAUUGACCCGUGUCUCUGAUGGCGAGAAUGUUCUGGUGACUGUUUUCAACAAUAAGGAGGAGCUCGUCCAGGCCUGUAUAUGCAGCAUGUUUAUUCCUGUGUACUGUGGACUGAUACCACCAACGCUGCAAGGCGUGCGAUAUGUAGAUGGAGGAAUUACAGAUAACUUACCUCAAUAUGAACUCAAAAACACAAUUACAGUCUCCCCCUUUGCUGGAGAAAGUGACAUCUGUCCUCAUGAUGGCUCCAACAAUAUGCAUGAAUUGAGAAUAACCAAUACCAGCAUCCAGUUCAACUUGCAGAACCUGUACCGCCUUUCCAAGGCAUUAUUUCCUCCAGAAGCAGAGGUGAUGCGGAAUAUGUGCAAACAGGGAUACAGUGAUGCACUGGACUUCCUCAAGAAGAAUGCUCUGCUGAACCAGCAGCGACCUUUGCAUAGUCCUUCUCACUCAGCUUCCGUCUCGCACGACGCAACUGAUGACGUUGAAGAGGGGCCAGUGGAGGAUCACGUUCUGAUCACAUUCAGUAAGAAUGAUGACAAGAUUCUCGAACAUCUGUCACCGCGACUACACAAAGCAUUAAUUGAAGCCUGUGCUGAAAAGAGAGGUUUCCGUGCAGUCUUCUCGAACAUGUUGCCAGUUCGUCUAGCCUCGACCCUUAUGCUUCCUUAUACUUUGCCCUUGCAAUCUGCGGUUUCAUUCACCAUAAAAAUGUUGGAAUGGUUGCCUGAUCUGCCCGAAGAUGUUGACUGGAUGAAAGAACAGGUUGCCAAUAUUUUAUGGUACUUUGCCACGAAUGCCAAGGCAAAACUGGGACAUCAACUGUCAACAAGGCUGCAAUAUAGUUCAAAGCUGCAGAGGACCCAAAGCCUUUUCAUACCACCGAGACCAUCUCCCUACAUGUCUGUGAAGAAGUGGAUUCGGAGUAAUACUUCUGUCAUGGAUCUGAUUUCCAAAUGUGAAGCAUACCAGCGUCACCUGUGGUCCAGCGUGCCCUUGAUCAACUGGGAAGUGCAGGACUCUGUCUUUCAGGACGAUCUCAAAUCUGGCUUAGAGAUGAAAGUCUCGGUCCACCACGGGGACCAGAUCUGACCAUAAGGAGGAACCUUCUUCCACACACGGCAAUUCUUCCUCAGUGUCAUAUUAACUGCAGAUAUUUUUAUUAUGCACCAGUAUGCCACGUGGAAAUGAACUGUCUGAAAACUUGUGGAAGUUUGCAUUCCACACAAGCCAUGCAUAUUGACAAACUUCUUCCUGUUGAACAAACGAUUUUCUACUAACCACUUUGCUAUUGUUUGUGACCACUAAGUUUGGGGUACACCUAUUUUAUAACUUCAUUAUCACCAUACCUUUUAUGGUAAUUACUAUUUUUAAAGAUAAUUCUAUUAAUUUAAAGAUGAAUUGAAAUUUUAUAAUCAUUUAUAAAAAUAUCAAAACUAUUCAGAAAUAAUUUAUAUUAUUAAUAUAAAUUAAGCUUUCUUCAAAAAGCGUUAUAAAGCUAAAUUUAGCUUUUGAGAUAGGGGAUUGGAUUUCUCAAUGGAAUCAUGAAAUUUGUGGAGAAAUCGGAAGUGCAAAACUGAGAAUGACCAAAGAUAAAUUUAAUAUCAGAAGUAACUUUAGUCUAACAGGGAUCAUAUUUGGAGAAACAAAAUUCUAGUUUCUUGCGAAGUGGUGAACUGAAAAUUGCAUACAUAAGUAUCCAUACCUCGUCUCUUUAUGUUUUGGAUCAAUGCAAUAUUCUUAUGCCAAAUCAAUGCAAUUGUGAACUACUUGUUAAGUGUUUGAUUCAUUUUAGUUGGAACUUUUUGAAAAAGUGGAAUGUUUGAAAUGCGACUUCAAAACUUUUAGUUUAAAAUUCUUAGAUUUUUAAACCUGAGUGGAUUUAUUGUUAAGUCUUGUUCUAUUUCAAAGUAACAAUAGCUGUCGAUAUAUUUAUAGUUUCUUUCCGUAAUUUUUGUGACAUACUUUGACUACAUUCAUAUCUUAGCCUAUACAUUUCAUUGUUUUGUUUCUAUUCCACUGUUUUUGUGUUUUGCGACUCCAUCAAUAUGGGUAUAGUUUGCGUACAUCUGUCAGCUGAACAAGAUAUAAGCUUUCAGCUUCUGUAUUACUUACCUCUACCUGUACACUGUUCUAAGACACAAGCCUUCCCACUGUGUUCCCAGUUCCAGACAUUCAAGAUCAUCAAUAGAUAACAUGGCCUCAUUUGAUUAAUGAAUGGUUUGGAGGGCUGAUAAACAUCUGGGUGGAAUUCACCUUGGGUAAUAGUGUAAAGAGGACUUGAAGUGAGUGCUACUGAAUAUCUGGUGGUAUACCACUGCCUAAGCUAAAUUUGUAGCUUGUUAUACAAUGUCCUGAGACUCCAAUCUAAAUUAUCAUUAUACAGCCAUAAAUAAAUGUUAGUUUUGGAUUGGCUACAUUUUCCUAAAAAGUAUCUUCCACUAACUCUUCUAUGCAGUUGACUGGAAUAGUCACAGUGGUUAUGUGCUAAAGUAGUAUACGGAAUCCUCCGAACCUAGACUUCCAGUAACCUUUGUGCAUGCACUUUUUUUUUAUUUGUAUAUAAGGCACUAUGUACUUUACAGAUCCCUUUCGCUACUUUACAGUAUAGAGAAAAUACCAUAACUAACAUGGUUUCACCUAGUACAACAACUUUAAAAUUUGUUUAAUUUAUUAAAAUUUAUACUUUAUUAAACUCAUAGAACUGAACAAAAAAUGAAUGCACAGUUGAUAUUUUAUGGAGCCUUUUCCAAUUGUUUCCCCUCUGUUUUAAGCAUUAGCCAAUCUUUAUGUUACAAGUGAUCUUUUGCAGAGUCCUUUUGCACUGCAGAUGUGAAAGAGUGGCUUACUGUAGUUCUCUGCUGCUAAUCUUCACAUUCUCCCCAAUUGGGGCCUCUUAAUUAGACUUUGCAGCUUCUUCAUGUCUAAUGCAAACAAAGCACAUGUUUAAUAUCUUCCGUUUCCAGAAACCAUUCGCUAGCUUGUCACCAGAGGCUAGAGCUUGAGGGGCCAUCCCACUCCACAUCAAGCAUGGCUGAUUAGGACGUGCUCCUGUUCUAAUUACUUACCGUAGGCAUAUUGGAAGGAUUUGCAGCUUGACAAUCGCUUGUCAAAAACACACUUAAGAACACCCUUUCUGUGACUAUCAAGUCCUGGAGUAGGAUUCAAAUCCAAAGCAUAUGGCUUAGAGGCAGGGAUGUUACCCACUGCACCACAAGGCAUCCCCAAGGUCGCAAUAAUUUAACUAUAAUUUGCCGCUACUGGACGUGAGGAAUGUAAUCAAAUGAACAUGCACAGUGACACUGAUCCUCACGAGCAGCGCUAAAUGGAUUUAGCUAAUCAACCACCCAUUUUACUGCACAUCCUUUCGCACUACAGCCUAUUCAACAUAAACCCAUUUCAUGCCACUAGUUCAGAUCAAUUCUGCCCCACUCCCCAUACCUCUGUACUAAUCACUAGACUUUAUAACUGCCCAGCACUAGAUAACAUUUAAAUGAAAAUUUAUUUAUAUAUAUUACCAUGUAUAUAGUAUGUUUAAGACUAUACUGCCCUGUAUGAAUUAUCUGCAUUAUAAAAUUAUGGAUUACAAACAUAUUACCAUGUAUGAUUUAUCUCCACAAAGAAUUUUAAAAGAUGUAAAAUUUUGAGAAUGUUUGUAUAAACCGUACAUAGGCUAUAACCUAAAAGAUGUGUAACCUACAAAUAUGAUCAAUUUUAAAUAGUUGAAAGGAGAAUAGACUUGCUGUUUAAUCAAAUUGUACUUAUUAAAUUUAGACAAUAUUUUCUUAAACUCCGAGGUGAGCAUUUGAAGUUACAGUUGUGGAUUGUAACUGAUUGAUUGAGUUACAGGUGUGAUUGGGGAUGGAUUGUAAUUUAAGGAGGAUCACACUUGAUAUGUUGAAGUGAAACAGGUUCCUCCCUAGAGGGCACUGAUCUUUGUUGGGAAAUGGUUGUGUGAACUGUCUGGUACCUCUUUGAUAUAUAAUAAGUAUCCAAGUGUAAACCAAAACAAUGUGCUCCUCACCGAUGAACAUCGUAGCCACAAAUGCUUUUCAUAGCCUAUUCACUGGAUUACAAUCAGACAUUGAAAACCAGGGUAUCAAGACCACCCCAUGUGUUCUAACUAGCUUCAGCUAACUUGGUACAUGUGCCCAAACUUGGGAAAUCUGGCCCAUAUAGCUCUAAUUUCUUUAGGAGUUUUGUAUAUACUGGAAGGCAGGGCAAGCAAUCUAAUGAUUUUACAAUUCAAAUGAUUUUACAACUGAAUUACAAAAUUUUAACCCAUCACAUGAACUAUAGAAUGAGCAGUACAGUACAAGUCUAGUGAAAGAGCCUACGCAGGAUGAUUUACUGAUGGUCCACUGCUGAUCUUAAUUUACUGCAAAUGCAAAAUUAAUACUGAAAAUAGAGAUGGUGAUGAUUUUUAAGAUAUCUCCAUGGUUGCAUUAAUUUGUAAUCUUUUCUGAAGAGAUAUUCUCUUUAUUUCCCCAAUACCAAUUAAGCUAAAUUCUGUAAGGUUUUUAAACAGAUGCCUCGAAUUGCCUCUAUUGCAAUAAUUAAUGAUUCAUAUUCAAUAGCAUGAUAACUUGACUUGAUUUUUAUAAUCCAUAGACACUGAAAACCACUGUACUAUAAUGAGCUUUUUCAUUAAAAUUAGAGACAAGACUUGUAUGUUCUGCAAAGAUUACUGGAAUGCAGUUAACCAUGUUGUACCAUUUUGUAAAUAAUGUCUUUGGAUGAUAUUUGAUCAUUAAACAAGUUCAGUUGCUUAAAUAUUUUCUUCCAUCUAUGCAUUCCUUUUUAAAAUUUAUACCACUUUCAACACGUGGAGAAUGUGCAAUUUGGCGCGAUCAUGACUUCCUGAGCAAUAUGUCCCUCAUAUUCUCACUGUCUCAUUCUGCAGACUCCAAUGAAUUUGUUGGCUUUAUGUUAGGUAAUGGUUAGUUUUAAUUUAAUUUAUAGGGGCAGCACUUUGGCUUAGUGAUGAGCACUGCUGCCUCACAGCACCAGGUUCCUGGAUUCAAUUCCAUGCUUUGGCACUUGUCUGUGUGGAGUUUGCACAUUCUCCGUGUGACUGUGUUUGUUUCCUCCUACAGUCCAGUUAUGUGCAGGUUAGGUGGAUUGGCCAUGGGAAAUGUAGGGUUACAGGGAUGGGUUGGGUCGAGUCUGAGUGGGAUGAUCUUUUGGAGGGUCAUUGUGGACUUGAUUGGCUGAAUGACCUGCUUCCACACUGUGUAGUGAUUCUAUGAUUAAAUCCAAUAGAGAUGUUGUAAGUGGAGGGAUAUUGAUCAGAUAAACUAAGAAAUACUAUUGUGUAAAUACUGAAUACCUGCCAGAAGUAAUAACUGAGAUCCAUUGAAUUUUCAUUUUGUUGAAGUUAAUGGAAUAAAGGUUGGCAGGUUCAAUAAACAGCUGGUUACCAAUUCUGUUAGAUCACUCUCUCCAGGCAGUAGACUACUUAGUACUUCAGAAUUUGAAUUGGCUGCUAUCUGGAGAAACAUUUUGUUUGGACAUUUCCUGAAUUGAUACAUUAAUAUCUUUGUAAUUCAGCGAGACAAAAUCAUAACUCCCACCUAUGACAAAACAAAAGUUGAAUCAUCCAUAUGCAGCAUAUCAUCCCCUCUGGGCCAAAUAAAAUUGACUAAAGCAAUAAUGCAAUUCAAAUUGAAGCAGGACCUUGGGUUCUGGGUGGAGCUUGAGUUGCACGUUGAUCUGACAGAGUUAGGACAACAACAGCUUACAUUAAAUAACAUCUUUUUAAAGCCUCAUGGUGUUUCAGAGGAACAAUUAUUUGUCACUGUCUCUGAAAUGGAGACAUUAAGACUUGAUCAGAAGCUUGGUUACAGAGAGUUUUAAAGCAGCAUCUUAAAGGAGGAUGGAAAUGUUUGAGGAGAGAAUUCUGGAGCUUGAGGGUUUGGGUGUCAACAGUGAAAUGAUAAAAAUUCUGAAUACUUGAAAUUAGAAGUGAAAAAGUGCAAAGGUUUUGCAGAGUUGUCGAGCUGGAGGAGGCUACAGACAGAUGAAUGCUUGAAGUCAUGGAAUAUAUUUGAAAAUAGGAUUGAGGCUUUAUUUUUUGAUGGAUUUAUGGAUUUGGAGGAAACGAAUGACCAUGCAAGUCGGUGAGCGCAGGAUGGAUGGUUUGAUGGAACUUGGUGUGAGUUAAUACACAAGUGGCUGAAUUUUGGAUGAACUAAAAUAGGACGCCAACCAACACCGCACUGGAAUAGUCAAGCUAAAUGAACACGUAUUUCAGAGUUUCUACAGCAGAACAGCUGAGACCAUUCUGGAAGUAAAAGUAUGAAAUCUCGAUUAGAUUAUUUACAGUGUGGAAACAGGCCCUUCGGCCCAACAAGUCCACACCGAAGCGCAACCCACCCAUACCCCUACGUUAACUCUUAUCUAACACUAGAGCAAUUUAGCAUGGCCAAUUCACCUAACCUGCACAUCUUUGGACUGUGGGAGGAAACUGGAGUACCCGGAGGAAACCCACACAGACACUGGGAGAAUGUGCAAACUCCACACAGUCAGUCGCCUGAGUCGGGAAUUGAACACUGGUCUCCGGCGCUCUGAGGCAGCAGUGCUAACCACUGUGCCACUGUGCCGCCCGUGAUGAAGAGGAGGAUAUGGAAAUUUCCCCUCUGGACCAAAUAGAAUGGCAAGUGUGAACAAGGUUCAUCCUUAGACUUGUAGCUAGAGAAAGGGAUGGAAUUGAUGAGUGAGUGAGUUUGAGACAAAGGUUUUAGUCUUUCCAUUAUCAAAGUGAAGGACAUUUUAAAACUUUGAUCAUACUGCACAAUUACUUUAGCUGUGAGGUUUCUUGGGAUCUCCUUAACAGAAAGGUUGGAUUUAAGUUAAUUGGUUACUUAUUAAUGAAUGCACAGGAGAUAUUAAACUACCUAAGGUUGGAUUUUACACCUCUGCUUGCAAGUUUGAUGAUGGAGGUCAUAAAACAAAACAAUAGGCCUUCCUACUGCCAGGCAGUCUGCCUAUCCAAAAUCUUCAGUCGGUCUGCCUUUGGGCUAUUUGAAACCUUUUAAGUGACCAGCUGACAAUUGCCCUCGGAUUGACCUGUAGCUUCCAAUGUGGAACUUCCUUUUGAGGAGGGUUGCCUUUAAAACAAAUGGCACUGUUCCAUGGUGUUAAAUUGCUGUAGUGCAGGUGUGAGCAUCAUGAGUGGAAACUCCACCCACCAAUCCCUAGUUUUUUAGUCUGAGGGUUGGCUUUGAUAGCACCGCCGCAUAAAAUCCACCAAUGCUGUCAAAUAAUUAAUAAAAAAAAACUUUGAUCCAGACGUUACAAACCAAGAAACUUUAAUUGGAAUUGCAUUUAAAUUCUCAUAUUAUGUUGUGCCCUGCACAUCAAUGGAAAGGCAUAUUUUAUUGUGUUUUUUGAGCAGAAGUCCUUCAUACCAGUUUGAAGGUCACUUUGCUGUUUCUCUUCACAAAUUUUCUUUUGUAAGUAAUUGACUGUUGUUCUUUUACAAUCAAUCAAUAAUCACACAAUGCUACUGCACAGGACUUUGUACAUGUUGGGACUUGAUAGCGAUUGUAAAGGCUUUCCUGUAGAAAACUCAUCUGAAAUCCGUCAACUAUCCUUAUUUAUAUACCUUGCAAAGGUUUCUCCUCUCUCUGGAGAGACAUUGAUUCUUGCUUCGUAAAUCUCUGGUACAUUUCAAAAAUGCCCACUCUCAAGCACACCACACGAAUGUGUGAUAUUCCUGCAAUUGUGUUUGGUCCUUGCAUGUUCAAACAUGAAUCCUUUUCCCUUUCUCCUUUCACAGUAACGAUUGGAAGUAGGAAUUCUGACAGAUUUACCAUCUAAUUGUCCUCUAAAUAUUGCACUAAUUCCACCAUUCUCCCCCUGCACCACUAAAUCAUCUUCACAUGAUGGGAUCAUGACUGAGUGCUAAACCAACAACAGUGUAGGAAUCAACAUUCCAGAUUUCUGACCGGUAUAAUAUUGCUGCCAAACUGUAUGUUCUGCAAAGCCAAUUGCAAUCAGGGAAGCAUAGUUUUACAUAAUUUGUAUGUUGAUUUAGAUCUGACCCAAUGUGUAUUCUUAACUUGCUGUAUUGUAAUAUCUAGCCUCGUGGGUUAAUGAAUAU